AUGGCCAAGGUAGCUUCCAUCGCCGCGCUCCUCGUUGGCAGCGCCGCCGCGCUGACGAUGACCGUAUCCAUGUCUACGGAACUCUCAUGCCAUCCCAUUGAAGGUGACGUCGACUAUGUGUCCACAUCCUUACAACUUCAACGCACGUCGAGAGACGACGCGGAGGCGUGCUGCGACGACUGCCGCAGAAUGGAAGCUGUGUGCGACUUCUUCACGUGGACGGACGAGGAAGGCGGAACAUGUGAACUAAAGCAACUGGAGCUUCCACUCACCAAGGUCCCGAGGCCCGGAGCCAAAGUGUCGCUCCUCAUCCCUUGCAGAUGCUCCACGGGUGAUAAAUGCAACAGCAGCGGCGUGUGCACUGGGUGCAGUCUCUUCGGAGCUUGCUACAAUUACGACAAAGCAGGAUGCACCCACGGAGGUGGAAAAAUGUGCGAUGGCUUGGCGACGACGUCCACAACCAAACGUCCAACCACAACCAAACCUGCCAGCACCUCCACCUCAUCAACGACUCCCGACAGCAGUCCAUUGACACACGUGCCUUCCCCGUCGGCACCUCCAGAGUCCUCCACGGUGCCUGCUACGAGCUCGUCGACGCCAACUAUUCCAGUACUAGUCACCGGCACUUCCCACGCUCCUGUCGCCAACGUCCCCGAAUCACGUUGGCUUGUGUUGUUUGCUGCUGUGUUUGCCUUGUUCGUUUAAUUUCGUCGCAUGUCCAUUUCUAGUAUUACUAAACCACAUAUACACACAAUUUAUAUAUUAU